AUGCUAGUAAACAAAAACCUUACGCACUAAAUAAAUGAAGGUAACAACUUACUUUAACCUUGCGUGGCGGGGCAACGACAGUCGUUAUCCCACGGAUGUUCAUACACUUUGUGUCAGCUUACGAGUUACCAUGUAUGUUACUUUGUGGGCGAUUGUUGUUGGUUUUGGACUUUUUUAUUGUUUUUUUUUUGUAGUGUAUGGCUGAUAAUUUGGACAGCCCAUUAGUGACCACUGGGUUGGAGCAAUUGCCGUUAAGUGCCUUGAACCCAUUAUCUCUGGGUGUAUACGAAAAUGCGCGCGAACCACUUUGGCACGGCGCCGGUUCUUAUACCAAGAAGCUAUCAAUGCAUGGGGUGUGAGUACAUGGUGUAACAUGGCGAGGAUUUGGUAGGUGCUAUAUACAUCACCGUUGAUCGGCAGCAUUGUGUGAUUAGUUCUUUGUGGUCCCGACAUUACAAUUGGAGGUUUUCGGCUUCCCAUGGCCACGGGUUGGCAGUAGUGCAUCAGCCACUCCUGAUUUCGUAACACACUGUUUUAGUGAUGUUAUAAUUUGGUCUCACAAAGUUUUCAGCCAGGCAUAAAAUAUCUGUGUGUACGAAAAGGUUGUGCCCAUUGAUAUUGUUGAUUUACACAAUGAAAGUCAGGUCGCUUUACAUAAACAGUCGACCUGAAACUAAAUUCAAUGAACUGACGCGAGGGAGAGAAUGCUUGUCUUUGUCCCAAAGGUUAUAUGGUAAUUAGGCUGGUAUACUAGCUGGGGCGUAUUGGAGCUUUCGAUGCAGACGUGUUUUUAACUUGAGUGCUUUGUGUUGAAUUGAGCUGUCUCUGCUAAUUUCGACCUUUUAAGUUUAUUUUGCGUUUCCCGACGACAAGGUGCUGAAUGAUGGGCGUGUGUAUGCCACCUGUUAUACCAGGGGGUGGGUAUAACGCUGCAUUGUUUGUUGGUGGAGAAGGCGAUUUCCUGGGCAAUGGAAGUUAUGGGAAGGUGUGGCGAGCGUUUCAUAAAACCUACAGAACAGUAGCUGUUAAAGUUUGCGUGUUGAAUGGACCAAAAACGACAGCUACGAAAGAAUUUGAGAAUGAGAUUAAUCACAUGUGGAGUACCAACGACUGUCCGUACAUUGUUCGUUGUCAUGGUUACUUCACCAACUUUGAUUUGGCGGGAAUAGUGAUGGAGUAUAUGGAGUAUGGGACUCUGUUCGAGUUGUUACACCAUCGGCCACCAAUUGAGAUUCCAAUUGAACUGAAAAUUCGAUUUGCGCAAAACAUAACGAUGGCUUUAGAUUACUUGCAUAACACCAGACAUGACCAACGAUUUAUACACGGGGACAUAAAGACGUUGAACAUUUUGCUCGAUCGUUUUCUGGUGGCAAAAAUCUCGGAUUUCGGUGGUUGUAGGCUGCGCACUGUUACGGAGAAUUUGAACCUCGGUGGAAGGGGCCGAGAUUUGAAGCCUGGUGAAAGGAAUGUGUUCACUAUACAGUAUGCUGCUCCCGAGGUGUUGUUGAACCCGGAGUCCGAGCUCAGGGCGGCGGCCGAUGUUUAUAGUUGCGGAGUGGUUUUGUGGGAAAUUUACACCGGGGAUGUCCCGCACAAACAAUAUCGAACCAUUGAUAAGUUGGAGCAUGAUAUUUGUACGAACAAAGCGAAAUUAAAAAUACCCCAUUCCGAUGAAGCAAGCGCUGUAAAACAAAGCAUGAUAAAACUGAUUCAAAGAUGUCUGGCUCAUUCUGCCCGCAAACGAAUCACAGCAAACGCGGCGGUUCAAUACAUUGUUGGUAAUGCCGCCAUUGAUCCAUUGAUAGUAGAUAGACAGGUUAUACUGGUGCGUGAAUGCUUAAAUCCCAUUAGUUAUAACAGGAGGCCGUGUAGCGAAAACAGCACAGAUAUUGUAUCUGCGAUGCGCGAGCAAGAAAAUUCAAGGCGACCCUGUCCACCCGACCAUCCACGCAAAACGGCCAAAGGGCAAGUUACGAAUUGGAAGGGAAGCUUCUUGGAAAACUUUAAAUGGAUUAAGAUUCGUAAUCCAAAGGACUUUGAUAAAUGGUACGAUUCUCUCUUCGUGGAAGCUAUAAAUAAAAUCUUUCCAAAACCAGGACCUCGAGAGGAUCACACAGACAACGGUGGCAAGGGCAGUGAGUCGGCGAAGAUGGAUGAAGCUCGAGCUUUUCCUGCCCCAUCACGAAAGAAAGUGGGACGAGUGCCAAGGCCUUGGGCUCACAAGACACGUUUAGUAUGCUUGCUGUGUGGUGAUGAUGGUGUUGGAAAACAUCAGGCGGUGAUUUAUGACUUGUAUGGUAAAACUAAUUCACAAAAACACAAGGAAUACAUAUCUCAACGCAAAGUCAGUGGGAAAACUUGUUCACUUAAAUACAUGUUCCCAAUCGAUGAACCUGAAGCUGUAAACGUUAUCUUGUACUGUUUCUGCAUUACUGAUGAAAAUAGUUUCGUAAACCUGGUUGGUGAGUGGGUGCCAAACAUGGAGAAAAAGCACAAAGGUGUUCCGAGUAUCCUGGUAGGACUACAGGGCGAACUACGCAGCUGUUCCACUUCCAAACCGAUAGGUAUAGACGUUCUGCUGAACGCCGCACACAAAAUCGGUGCGAAGGAAUACUUGGAAUGUUCAGCAACCACAGGCUACAAUAUAAACCAUUUAUUUGAUUUCGCAUUUGCUUUGGCGCUUGAAAAUGCGACCACGCCACGUUCGACCAAGUUUCAUGUUUAGUGAUUAGUGUGCAAGCAACGCUGUUAAUAAUGAUGUAUUAUAGCAGUAGCAUAAUAGCUUUGAACUAAAAUCAAACAAUUGAAACCAGAGUCCGUUUAUAUACGGAUUGAAACGGCUCCAUUAAUACUUUUUAAACUCCAUUGGCAAUAUUUCAUGAUUUAGUUUUUAUCAGAAAAUGUUUUGUAUUAUGUGUAUAUACCAACGAUGCAUUUAUGUGCUAUGUACAAAUAAUGGAAAAUCUAGUUUUAUAACAUUGUUUUAGAUAAUAUAUACGCGAAAGCUUGACCUAAUAUCGGCUGUAUGUUUAUAUGUGGUUCUUUGUAUUCCAUGGUGGAUUGGGUUUAAUUUGGAAAUACUUUACCAAUAAAUCCGUGCCAGGGACAUUGUCAGCUGUUAUAAUAAAAUCUUAGUAAGGCUUCUAUAAAUUAAACAAAUGUACUUAUUUAAAAAUAAUGUCAGCAAAAUUAAUAAACUCUGGCUCCACGCAGGUUGUACGUAGCUACAAACACAUUUUUAUUCCGUGUCUAUCUAUUAAAGGUUUGCUCUCUUGUUUCCUAAUAGUAACGAAUCAGGUGAUUCACCACAACCGACAAACGUGACUCAGCAAACCGGA